GAGGGCUGUUAUACCGACGGUGACUGUUGUCGGGGUUAUUGCCAUCGAGUGAUGGGUCAUCGAUAUCAUCGAUACGGCUAUUGUGGGUCAACCUCGCGAUUCAUACCCCGAAUGGAGACCUACUCUGGCCCUGGUAUUGGUUACUAUUCAUCGGGUCCUAAGUUAUCAUACCUCCCGUGUCUGGCUUUGGGGGAGUCGUGUGAACUGAAUGAGAGGUGUUGUUCCGCUUUCUGUGAUAACGUGGAGAACACGUUUUUAUUGUUCACAAUAUGUCUGAUAUGGGUGUCGGCGCUGACCCGAACCUGUCUGGAAAAGGCUGUAUUCAUAGGAACCGUAUCGACGGCUAUUGUGUUGACUCUAUUCGUGAUAAUCUACAAAAUCGGGAACUGGAGGUUUGCCGCCAAUAAGGAUACAGAGAAUAAUAAAGUAGUGUUUGAUUUUGACAAACUAUUGCCCAAAAAACUCAUAUCUGAGAUAGUGUUCAGUGUAUUAGCCAUAUCUCGCAGUUGGUUCUGCAGUGCAUUUGCCACCAGUUCCUCACCAGUGCUCACAUACCUGUGCGGACUCAUCAUAUCGGUGAACGACUCGACACUCUAUGUGUCGGCCUUUUCAAUGUUGGCCAUCGCUUAUGAAAGGCCUUUUAAUAGCAAUUCUAAUAAUUCUGACGAUAUUUAUAAUCUCAUCCAUGUCUGGCGUAUUGUCACUGGGCUGGGCUACUGGGCCUAUGAACGCAAGAGACGAAUGCAGGACUCGGCCAUAUCCUGUCCCCUCACACCCGACCAAAUGAAUAUAUUAGGGCUGAGCUAUCGGUCCACUACUAUACCGGCGCACAGUUACCUCCAACCAUCUCAUCAUUACUCAUCCCAUCCCAACUCAACCCAUAGUUCUGUCAAUUCGUCUAUAAUUCACAAUAAAUAUUAA